AGUUGUGUGACGGUGGGAAAAACAUGUUAACUGACAGUUUGUCCACCAGUUACAGCAAAAAAAAAGAGAAAAAGAAAAAAGUUUUUUAAACCAAACACACAACUCAUAUCUUCAGUUUUCAGUGCAGUCUGGAGGAGAUGGCCAAAGGGAGAGCAAAGAUCAGCAGCAGCGGUAAAGGAGACUUAGACAGUUUAGCACUGCCCCAGCCUCGGUCACUCAGGUCAAGGAAGAGGGAAUGUCCAAGUGAUGAAGUUUUCCUGACUGAUGAUGUUCGGGCCUCUGACCAUCAACAGGACACUGAAGGUAAUAAUAGAGCAGCGGCUGCCUCGCCACUACAGCGUCCCCAGUCUCUUCUCCAGGAAUCUAUGACUUCAUCUCAACAGGAUCAGGCAGCAGAACAGCAACAAGAUGCCUCCACAGAAGAAAAACAUGAUUCUCAGCUGGAGAGCUUUAGAGUACAUACUGAAAAUGAUACCAGCAAGAAGGGGAAGGACAAGGAGGAAAUAACAGCAGAGGAAUGUAACAAGUUGGCAUCUCAAACGUGCACUGAUAAACUACAGGUUUUUCUCCCAACCUCCGAAGAGGCUGAUGAAUCCUGUGGAACUGCUUUGGAAGAACAACUUGGUGCAACAGAAAAUUCUCACUGUGAUUUGGAGAGAAACCAAGAAACCAGCCAAGACGUGCGCAUGGUUGAUGUCAAGGAAAUCACAAAGGAGGAAAUUGCGGGAUUGCCAGUCAAAAAGAAGCCAAGGAUGGGAAUGUGUGGUUUGACAGAGAGGGAGCGGAGUCAUUUUCCACAGACGCAAAAGCUUGAAAAUGGGCAAAACAGACUGGAGAGAGUUGAGAGGCAGAUGUGCCAUAAUAAAGCUGAACUAUCGGCUCAGGAAGAGAUUAUAUCUUCACCUCCACCCAUCCCGGCAGCCAGCGUCGCAGAGCUGAGAGAGGCAGAGAUAAAACUUCAGUCCAGUCACUGUGAAGGGAUUGACAGAGCAGAAACUGAAGUCCAUGUCACUGUCUCUACCUCAUAUGGGACCAGUACUGUCUGUGAUCCAGGCUGCUCAGACGGAAAAAGUUGUGAGGCUGAACCCGCAGAGAAAGAGGAGGCACAUUUGGGAAAUCCGGAGCAACAAGAACUUGAAGGCAGCACAGCUGAGAUUAUGGCUGAAAUAUAUCAGAAACAAACAGAAGACGGGGAAGAUGAGUCGGCAGAAGUAGCAACUUCUUACGCUAAUCCAUCUCAGAAUGAGGAGACUGAGAAACAGAAGGAUGGGAGUGAAGCUGCCCCUCUGCAGGUGUGUAGUGUGACCAUAACAAGAAAUGGGACUAAGGAAGAGAUGACUGGUGAUGCUGGGGACGGUGACAGAGCCAAAGCAGGGGCUUCAUCCACAGACACCCAGCAAGAAGGAUUCAACUGUGGCUCUCUGGAGCUCUGCCGGGCUGCAGAGACCCCUGGUAGUUCAGAGAGGGAAGGCAGUUGUGAUCCUGAACAUGCCACUAGUCCUACUAUGAAUGUGGAGGACCCUCAGACAAGGGACACCACUGACCCGUUUGGACCUGGAUGCUUAGAUUACGUGUCGGACUCGCAGCUGAACACCAUUGUUUGGAUUGAGGAGGAAGUGAUGGACAAGGAUGGAGAUCUUGGUUCCUCACACUGUAAUGAAGAUGCCACAGACCUAAUCUGCGGGCUCAUCAGGGAACUCUCCUCUCUGAAUCGAACUGUAAUGGCCACUCACAGAGAGCUUGAAAACCUGCGGCGUGGCAGUAAAAGUUCAAGGAGCUCUGCACGUUGAGGGUUUGGUCGAAGUACCCGUCCCCUCCUGAUCUUACUGUUGACCCAGGGGUUCAUGGGUAACGCAGGCGCUUGUGCAACUGUACAAACCUUUAAUUUUUCACUAUAAGUCCAGAUGAUCUCAAAAUUCUUCUUGUAUCAUAACAUCUGGGAUGUUCAGUUUAAUGGCUUCAUUGUUCAGAUUCUCUCUAAAUAAAAGAUAAAUGAUGUUUA